AGUCGGUUAUAAGUUAUAGCAGAGAGAAGGUCGGCGGCAUUAAAAAAAACACUCGCAACAACUUCCCGCUAGUUCGCUAAUCUUAUCUUACGACAAAAAAAUCCAUUAUCACUUUUAUCUUAUUCAUUCUCAUCGACUCAAUUAUAUCACAAUAAUGUUAGAAAGUGAACUUGAAUGGUGUCGAUCUAAUUUAAAACAAAUAUAAAUAAAUUCUGUUGAGUAAUUUACAUUCAUGAAUGUUUAGAUCGGUAGCAGCACGUGUUUUGUUUUUUUGUGUUUUUGGACGACGUUCAUGAUGAAAUAUCUGGACACUUUUGUAAAUUAUUUUGUUUUUGUGAUAAUUCUGAUGUCGUGUGAAGGACAACAAGUAAAUAUAACUAAUGAUACACAGGUUAUGAUAAUUCCGCCGAUACCAAAAUGUUGUCCUAGUAUAUCGCAGAAAUUAAUGAAUAGACACUGCAUGGAAACGCAUCAGAACAUAUCGCUUACUCACUUUUUCUUCGAAAGUAAUUUAACUCAUAUUAAUUCUGACAAGCGGGAGGUAGAAUUUGAAUUCUAUCAUCGAAAAGUUCAAUGUCCGGCAGUUAUUUUUACAAGCGAGGAAAUAGUUGGAUUUAUAUAUAAUGCUUCCAUCAUAGAUAAUUCCAGUGAACCUGUACGUCUUAUUCCUUCUUCGGAUUAUUGCGUUGAUAGCUCCAAUGAAUCUUUAACAUUCGUUGUAUGUUACCCCGACGUCGACGUGUCAAAAGCACAAUUCUAUUUUCCAUGUUUAAUCUUGUCCACAGCGUGUUACUUCAUUUCUGCAGUGGUUUAUCAAUUUAUUCUUAAAGUGAAGGAUGUAUACAAGAAGUGUUUCAUUGGUUUUUGUAUAUCCAUGGGCGUAACAUUUUUUUGUUUAAUACUAUUUCAAUUCGUCAACACGUAUUGUGUUAUCAUAGGAUCUAUAUUCUUCCUGUUCAUUCUAGCUUCAUUUUUAUGGUUUUCUUGUUUGUGUCUCGAAGUGAUGUUCACUGUUAGAGAAUUUUCAUGUGAAGAUAUGUCUGAACGUAUUUAUUUAUAUAUCGCAACGUCAAUUGUGGUUCCUUGUUUAAUUCUUGUUAUAUCUAUAAUUCCAACUAGAAUUCCAGAUGUUCCGACUUCGUUCAUGAAAGAAGUAGAAAUGUGCAAAUUUAAAGGUGAAAACACUCGAAUAGCGAUACUUUUUGUUCCUAUGGGACUUCUUUUGGCAACAUCCCUAGCGUCACUAAUUUAUACCUUCUAUUUGAUAGCAGUCAAUUCGAAAAAAUACAAAUCCGACAUUGUUUGGUUAGAAAAGCGGAGUCAUUUCAAAUACAGAACUCGCUCAUGCUUUAUGAUAUGGUUAACAUCGGCCAUAUGGUUCAUAGAUGCUGUGCUUAAGAAUCACAAUCACGGUAACCCUUUAGUAUACGAAGUUAUCGAAGGAUUGCAAGGGAUUUUCGUCGUUGCUGUUUUUGUAACCAAUCGAUAUACUCGAAAAGAAAUUUAUCAAAGUUUAUGCGGAAAAGAAAAAAGGAAAACGGACUCCACUCGAUUCAAAAAUCUACUCGAAAAAUUCAAGACUGAUAAAAGUGGAGUUUCUACUUCCAACGCGACUGAAAUUGAAAACUGAGGCAUUUUACGUUCUAGAUAAAAUUCUAUAAUUUUUAUUAUAUUAAUAAAAAUCAUAUUACGAAUUAACAAUUAAUAAUUUUGAAGUAUGGGUACAAUCAAUUCUAUAAUUUCAUUCAAAUAUUUUUUUAUUCGAAUGUUUCACAAAUCGACGUUUAUCUGUCGAAAUGUACGAUAAAGUUUUAGAAUGACAAGAUACAACAACAUGCAAUCGAUUCGGGAGACUCACAGGAAACUUUGUAAACAAAAAUUUUGAGAAAGAAAUGAAAAAAUUGCAUUUGUGCAUUGGAACAAUGGACCGAAUAUAUGUAUCCUGGUGUUUUCGAGGUUACUGACCACGAAUAUCACCACUGCAAGUUACCUGGUGCCCAGAGAUAGCUGAUUUAUACGUCGUCUACUAGAGUCCCUUGGAAGUUCGUUAUAAAAUUGGUCGCAUAUACAUAUCGUGGGUGUUUUCGAGGUUGCUGAACACGAAUAUCACGACGGCGAUAGCCUGUGAGGUACGUGGUGCCCGGGGUGGUUGGUUUAUACAUCGUUUCCUGGAAAUUCAUUAUGAAUUUGACCAAAUAUAUACAUUCUGAUGGCUUUCUAGAUAGCUGAACACGACGGUAUGACCUGCAAGGUAUCUGGGGCCCUGAUUGGUUGGUUUAUAUAUCGUUUCCCAAAGCUCCGUGAAAAUUCGUUAUGAAAUUGGUCAAAUAUUUACAUCCUGGGGGUUUUCGAUAUCGCUAACACGAAUAUCAUGACAGAAAGAAUGUACGAGAUUCUCAAGAUUAAGGAUUACAAGUAUAACUCUGAGUGACUAGCUCAUUUUCCAUUAUAAAAAUUUAUUUUUUAUAAAGAAUAGUGAAAAAAUGAUUCAAUGGUUAUUAUUUUUUCUGCAUUAUAAUUCUCUUUCUUCAUUGUCAACAUUUGUACUAUUAUUGCCUGUACAAUUCUUGCAAGUGACAUUGCAGUGUAAACAAUUCUUCUGCAUCCACUAUUGGUUUUGCAUCCGUAAAAUAUUAUAAUAUUCAUGACGCUGGGUGGCUAGGCAAUUGUGUUUUAUUAGGACUAAAUACUGUUCAUUUCGUUGCCACUCCCAAUCAGUGACAUUCAUAUCGCGUCAAUCGCCGUAAAGCCACUUUCAAACUCGUAAAUUAACUCUUUUCAAGCUUAUUAAAACGACAUCGCUACCUCGCAGAUCAUCGCCGUCAUGAUAUUCAUUUUCAGCGAUCUCCAAAAUCCUCGAGUAGUAUAAUUUAACUUAUUUCCGUUGAAAAUUUUUCAUUUUUCAACCAUUUUUAAUGUUAGUGCUCGUAAAUUCAUGGAUUUUGCCCUUUUUGUGCUUUAUUUCUUCGACUAUGUUCAAAUUCUUUCGCAUCGAUCAUUUGGAAUGUGUUUAAAGGUUCAUGGUGCUGCCUGACUGAACGAGCCGAAUUUUCCCAAUCCCGUUUGAAGUAAGAGAAUAAUCCAAGGGGCUAUUUUUUAGUAACAUUUGCCAUAUAUGACAUUUCAUAUUACGAUAUACGUCCGUGAAAUUAUUAUUACUCGAUUAGAUAUUCUUGACUCGGCUCCUUCGUCGCCUCGUCCAUAAACAUCUUUCUCGAACCGUAGUAAAUCACUUCCCGGACACCAUUAGUAAGACGAUUACGUCCCGAAAUGAAAAAUUAUUAUAAUAGAAUAUUAAAUUACAUAUAUUUAAACAAAGUAGGGAUCAAGAAGGUUUAAAACAAGCUGAGAUACUACUCACUUAAUUAAGGUAUCCUAAUUGGACUUUGUCAACUGAGUAUGACACGUCUAUUCACAUAAUUUCAGAAUGUGUUGCUCAGGAUGAGUCUAACAUAGAAAAUAGAUUUGCCUAUUUUAUAAAAAAAAUCCCUCAUUUUCGCUUUAUCAGAUAAAAUGGGAUUGAAAAAUUAUUUAUUAAUCCUGGGCAAAAUUAGCAGUUGAGGGAGCAGGAGGGGACAUAAUACACGUCUUAGUUUGCAUCGUAGCUUGCCCUAGAAGGACCCUGCAUCAAAAUUGUUUAUUUAAUUUUUCAACGGAGCAAGCUAGAUCUUUUUUUUCAAUUAAAAUUAUUGGUUUCAUCAACGGAGGUAGUUUCAGUACACGCGACAUUCCCGUUUAUAGUUAUUUGGAGUUUAUAGUUAUAUAAAUAAAUAGAUGAAGAUAUUAUUGCAGAUGUUUUUAUGAUAACUUAUAGAAACAUCGAAAUUAUGAGAAAUGUAAAUAACAAAAAAAGUUGAAGUGUGUGCUGAAAUUCGACUUUCACAUUUCUAAUUUAGCCUAUAGAUAUAUAGCUAGAACGGACACAUAAACAUCAAGAACAAUAUAAUAUGGAAAAACAUCUUAUAAGCAUUUAAGAUCCAAAUUUAAUGAAAUCUACUUUUGUUAAUUGUAAAAUUUGGACAAUAAAUUACUCGAUUCAUAUUUUUAAAAACCUACGAUAAUCGUUUGUCUGCUAUAGUGAUGUAAUUGUAUCUAGUAUUGUGAAUGUUAAAGAAGAAAUUUUAAUAGCUUAUAUCAGUUUUUGUAAAUAUUCGAAUAAAAAAAUAUUUUGUGUACAGAUGAGAUUGUAAGUUAUUUAAUGAAAAAAUAUUUAAUAAUAAUAAAUAAGUUGAGUUUACCCAAUGAACUAAAAAUGCCGUGAACGUUCAUUUUAAAGUAUUUGGCUCUCUUGAAACUGAAUUCUGAAUAUAAAAAUAUGUAAUACCCACUGGAAUAAUUAGUUUUUUGAGAAAGUAUUGGCAUCAAAUUCACAACGACGUAGAUAUGUAAACGAAGUGGUAUUAUUAUUUGUACCAAUAAUUUUAGUUGUACUAAUUUAUAUUUUAUACGUUUUGAUAUUUUUUAAUAUAUUUAUGUUCAACAAUACAUAUAUGUAAGCAUGUUUAAAUUCAUAUGAUAAAUAAUAUACAAAUGAAAUGUAGUUGUUGCUAAUAAAUAUUUUUAAUUAGAUA